AUGGAAACGCCUUGGUCCCUGGACUUCUGUCUAGUUUGCGAUAGGCAGACGCUGGGAGGUGCAUACUGCUCCCAGGCCUGUCGACUAGCAGAGAUGGAUGGCACUGCUGCCGCCGCCGCCGCCUCCGAUUCAGAACCCUCUUCUUCAGCCACGAGUACAAUAACGACAACCCUCCGAAAUCCAUGGACUUCACAGAAUACUGAAACGGGAGCAGCUCUACUCCAUUUUGGUUCCACCAUUGAUUUCGGGGGAUUCAAAUUUCCCGGGUCCUCAGCAGCAAACUAUCAAAUACCGUCCUCAACCGCAUUAGAAUUUCAAGCUGCGUCCCGGCCGGGCCUCACUCCAUCGUCCUCUCAAACUUCCCUCUCCUCGCUUCAGAGCGUCUCCUCUACGACCUCCACUCGCCUCUCUGGCCAAGCAAAAAGUGAGCUGGAAGCAUACUUUGGCAGCUUCGACAAGGUCCGUGAUUGGAAACGACGACGAACUUCGUCGUGA